GAUCGACCGGCGCCCAACAGACCUCAGUGCAGUGACGUGUGUUCCUGCCUCUCCACGCCUUCCAUUCCCGACGGAUUUCUUCCGGCCCGUGACGUCUUCCAGCAGCGCCGACCCAGAGCGCGAGCCCCCUCCCACCCUCCCGUCUCCCGCUCCCUGGGGGUCCGAACAGCUCCAGAGAGAGACCAGCCUCAGUGAUGUGCUGCUGGAGGUGCGGAUGGACGGAUCGGUAGGCAGUUCCCAGGGUCUUUCGCCCGCCCAGCCAGCCUCGCCCAGGCCCCCCAGCCUGGCGUUCGACCCCCGGCUCCGGUCUCGCGGGGGCGGAAGAGGAGGAGGAGGAAAGAGGGGGCAGCCUCGUCGAGCUCGCGCUCAGCAGCGACGGAGACAGAGUAGCGGGGGCAACGUGGAGCCAGUCUCAGCCCCGCAGGACUCCUUGGAUGCGUCUGACGAGGAAGGGGUCAGCCUCUCGCCCAGAGCGGGCAGCGAACAGUCGGAGACUCUGAGCAGCCUGUCCCUCACCUCCCUCGUGUCCCCCUGCCUCUCGCCCCCCACCCCCAUCAAGAAAUGCAACAGCACCGGCGACUUGGACUCCGGUCCCAGGCAACACAAGCCCAAGGUCCUGUACUCGGUGGACAGGCAGGGCUUUCUCUCUGCCCCCUCCUGGGUGGCUGACUUCUGCCAACACAACCAGCCCGCGGGCGGUGGGGGCGUUCUCGAGCCCCACUCGGGGUCCACCCGCCACUCGCACACCGCCGGGAGCUUCCGAGCCGCGCAGGGGGAGAGAACGAGAGCCAGGUCGAGAUCGAGAUCGGAUUCGGUGGCCGCACCAGACAGAGGAGGAGAGGAGUAUAACACAAUGCAAAAACAGAAGAGAUGAAUUCUUUUAUUUAUAUAUAUAUAUAUAUA